CGAUCUAGGCGCGCUGUGAUUGGUUAAAAAAAAUAGAUCGGUGAUGGCAGCCAAAAUGGCGGACCCUCCAAGUGAAGGUUGGCCUUCAUUUUUGAGCGAAACAAUGUCUGGUUUAGAGGCAAAUUUCAACAAUGAUAGAGCCAUAAAUGAGCCCAUGAUGGGGGACUUUGACGAGGGAUUUUUGGAUUACCUUUGUGGAGCAGCUGCAGACCCCAAUUCAGAACAUGCUAACACAACAGUUGGGGUAAAUGUAAAGACGGAUCCAUCACAAAUCAUUCUUUCACCACCGAUCACGCCUCCAGAGUCAAUGAAUACAGAUGAUGAUCAUACAUCAUCUUUUAGCUUUGCUGAGUACCUCUCGAAAGCAGCAACUCAACAACAAGACCAGUCAGUUCUUUCAGUGUUCCAGCCUCAAGUCCAAGUGAAACAAGAAGGUGGAGUGUUUAAUGCCAGCCAGACUGUUACGGUGACAACAGAGAGUCAGAACACAACUACCCAGUAUCUCCUCAAUUUACUCCAAGGACAGAAGACGCAACAGGCUCCACCUGCCAUGAAUACCAAAACCUUAGAACAGCUUCUUCAGGAGCCAUCCAUUCUUGCUCCAUCUUCUCAGCCACACACCGUCACUGUUCAACAACCACCGCAAGUCCAGCAACCAGCUCUUGUAACACAGCAGGUUCAACAAACUUCACAGACAACUCCUCAGCUUUUGCAGCUGUUGCUACAGCAGCAACAACAACAGUUACAACAACAGCAGCUGCAGCAACUUCAACCAAAACCUCAGCAGCCAACACCACAGCAACAGCAGUACCCUGCUGUCCAACCAACGUCAAAUCAGAAUGUUCUGCUUCAGCAGCUUUUGCAACAGCUCGGUGUGCUCCCUAAGCAGACAGCUACUUCAGCAGCACCACAACAGCAACAUGUGAAAGUUCCCGAAGAACAGCUGUCUCCACAACAACAGGUUCCUUCUCCUGGGUCCAAGUCAUCGUUGUCAUCAACUCCGGGAUCCCCUCUUCAGCCAAGUUCUCCAGUGUCUCCUGUUCAUUCGCAUUUGCAGGUUGCCAGUCCCCAGACACAACAAGCUCAUCUCCAGCCACAGAUUGUCAAGACUGAUUCUGCUGCCACUGUCAUUGGAACUAUAGAUUUGAGUCAAUCACAGAUCCAGCCUACACUCUCUCAAGGACCCAAUGGUGUCCUUACAGCUACCAUUCCCAUUGUCUUGGACCCUAACAAGAUUCCUAUCAGUCGUCUGACAAAUUCCAAGGGGCAAGGGGGAGUGAAAACGGAAAAGCGUUCAGCUCACAAUUUGAUCGAGAAACGAUACCGCACCAGUAUUAAUGACAAAAUUGUGGAGUUGAAAGACCUUGUUUGUGGGCAAGAUACCAAGAUGAACAAAGCUGGUGUAUUAAGGAAGGCGAUAGAGGUUAUACUGAAGCUUCAGAAUGACAAUGCACGUCUCAAACAAGAAAACAUGGCAUUGAAGAUGGCGCAGCAAAAGAGAGAAACCAUCACUGAGCUUGUUCGAAAGCAAAAGGAACAUCAGAUAAAGAAGGAAAUAAUAGAAGAAAGUGAUAUCACUGACUCAGCAGUUACACAGUCUCAAGAUGCCAGUGAGAUUGAGGAAAUCGCCAAGCCUAGCACUGUCAUAGCCAAUCCAUUAACUCCACCAACUCCAGAUCCUUUGACGAAGGACAAGACUCACAUCAAGGUGGAAGCCUUGCCUGUCAGCAGCUGUGGAAUGAUGGAUCGAACCCGUGUUGCUUUGUUUGCAUUCAUGUUUACCUUCUUGUUUGUCAACCCUUUGAGUUAUGUCAUUCCCCAGCUGGACAAAGGUAAUUAUGUGGUGCUUUAUCUAGUAAAUCAAGUCUUUGGCAUUCCACCUGCCAUGAAUACCAAAACCUUAGAACAGCUUCUUCAGGAGCCAUCCAUUCUUGCUCCAUCUUCUCAGCCACACACCGUCACUGUUCAACAACCACCGCAAGUCCAGCAACCAGCUCUUGUAACACAGCAGGUUCAACAAACUUCACAGACAACUCCUCAGCUUUUGCAGCUGUUGCUACAGCAGCAACAACAACAGUUACAACAACAGCAGCUGCAGCAACUUCAACCAAAACCUCAGCAGCCAACACCACAGCAACAGCAGUACCCUGCUGUCCAACCAACGUCAAAUCAGAAUGUUCUGCUUCAGCAGCUUUUGCAACAGCUCGGUGUGCUCCCUAAGCAGACGGCUACUUCAGCAGCACCACAACAGCAACAUGUGACAGUUCCCGAAGAACAGCUGUCUCCACAGCAACAGGUUCCUUCUCCUGGGUCCGCGUCAUCGUUGUCAUCAACUCCGGGAUCCCCUCUUCAGCCAAGUUCUCCAGUGUCUCCUGUUCAUUCGCAUUUGCAGGUUGCCAGUCCCCAGACACAACAAGCUCAUCUCCAGCCACAGAUUGUCAAGACUGAUUCUGCUGCCACUGUCAUUGGAACUAUAGAUUUGAGUCAAUCACAGAUCCAGCCUACACUCUCUCAAGGACCCAAUGGUGUCCUUACAGCUACCAUUCCCAUUGUCUUGGACCCUAACAAGAUUCCUAUCAGUCGUCUGACAAAUUCCAAGGGGCAAGGGGGAGUGAAAACGGAAAAGCGUUCAGCUCACAAUUUGAUCGAGAAACGAUACCGCACCAGUAUUAAUGACAAAAUUGUGGAGUUGAAAGACCUUGUUUGUGGGCAAGAUACCAAGAUGAACAAAGCUGGUGUAUUAAGGAAGGCGAUAGAGGUUAUACUGAAGCUUCAGAAUGACAAUGCACGUCUCAAACAAGAAAACAUGGCAUUGAAGAUGGCGCAGCAAAAGAGAGAAACCAUCACUGAGCUUGUUCGAAAGCAAAAGGAACAUCAGAUAAAGAAGGAAAUAAUAGAAGAAAGUGAUAUCACUGACUCAGCAGUUACACAGUCUCAAGAUGCCAGUGAGAUUGAGGAAAUCGCCAAGCCUAGCACUGUCAUAGCCAAUCCAUUAACUCCACCAACUCCAGAUCCUUUGACGAAGGACAAGACUCACAUCAAGGUGGAAGCCUUGCCUGUCAGCAGCUGUGGAAUGAUGGAUCGAACCCGUGUUGCUUUGUUUGCAUUCAUGUUUACCUUCUUGUUUGUCAACCCUUUGAGUUAUGUCAUUCCCCAGCUGGACAAAGGCAUUCUUUUCUCCGACUCUUUGCAAAGCGAUCGGCCUCAUGCUGGUGGAAGGACUUUGAAUUCAUACGAUGAUGCCAGUUCCAUGCAGCAGGACAAGUGGCUGAUAAGUAUUGUGCUUCUCAUGGUCAAGUGGCUCCUUCAUGCAGUCAUAGCCAUUGCAGUGCUGGUGCGCAUCUUUGUGUUUGGUGAACCGGUGACGCGACCACACUCUAAUAAUGCAGUCCUGUUCUGGAGACACAGAAACCAAGCUGAUGACGAUUUGGCCAAGGGUGACAUGAUUUCUGCCUCACGGCAUCUGGAGAUCUGCCUGAGGGCUCUGAAACGUCCACUUCCUGUUUCCAAGCUUGAUGUAGCCUGUGGCCUGACCUGGCAGUUAAUGCGUCAUGUUCUUCACAGGCUGUGGAUUGGAACAUGGCUUGCUUCUGCUGCUGGGGGAAUAAAGCUGCGGAGUGGAAGCUGUGACACCAAGGACCAUGCCAGAAUAUCAGCAAAGGAUGCAGCCAUGGCGUACCAUCAGUUACACCAAUUGAGCCUUACAGGUCAUGUUUCGGUGAAUGGAUGGCGAUCUUCCUUUCUUGGCCUGGCAGCAGUGAACCUUGCAGAGUCUGCUGGGAAGCUAAUUAGCAUAGAUGUCUUGGCAAAGAUCUAUGUGUCAGCUGCAAUUCAAAUAAGGACUUCAUUCCCUGAGGGGCUUCACUUCAUUGCAAGAUACUUUCUUAGCCGUGCACAGGCAUCAUAUGCAGGUCAUGGUACAACAGUUCCUGCUUCACUUCAGUGGCUCUUCCGGCCACAUGGACAUCGUUUCUUUGUCAGCAGCCGGUGGUCUUGCAAAGGAGGAGAUAGCUUGUGGGCCAGUGUCAACAAUAAAGCUGACCCAGUUGCCCAUGUAAGUCAAGCCUUCCGGGAACAUCUCCUUCGCUAUGCACUGUCCUCCAUUGUAUUGCCCAGUUCAACUGAUGACGACACUACAGGAGAUGAAAGUGCCCGUGAUGCCCUGAGUUACCUACACAUGCUGAAUGAGUGUGCGUCCACCAGUGAGAAGCACAUGAACAUGUCGUCAGCUGUCGGCGAUGAUCAGGUGGCAAAGUGGUGGGUGGCAGUGGGGAUGGUGGCUGUUUAUUGGUUGCAGGGUGAAGACGAGGCAGCUGAGAGGUUUUACAGCACAGUGGAAAGUGUUCCCAAGAGUCUGUGGAAUGCAGAAGACCCUGUAGCAAACUGCAGAGAUCCAUUAGCCAAAGCUCUUCUAAGAGCUUAUCUGGCCAAGAAGCAAAUCCUGAGUGGAAGCACACUGCCCAGCUCCCUCGAAGACUGUACACAGCUGUGCAAGAAGUCAGGCCUUCAUCUGCAGGAGAGCAUCAACCUGUCGUCCUCUUUGUACCAGUCCAGCACUAACCGACUGCAUCAGUUGGCUCAGCUGCUGUGCUGUGAUUGGCUGCUGGGUACACGCAAAGACAUCUGGGAAUUAUCACAGAAGUCUCAUUUUGGCACGACGGUCCCAACUGAUCCAGUGGAGCUACGUUCAUUUCAGAAUGAUCUGGAGAGUUUACAGAAACUCACACACAACCUCCCUGCAGCUCUUCCAAGGCUGUAUUUGUACGAAGCUGUUGCUCGUCUGAUGGCAGGAGCCAAUCCUACAGAGACUCACCAUCUGUUACAGAGGAGCACCUUGAGGCAGCGAGUGGUUACUUCUCAUCAUCACAAAGGACACCAGCCUGAAGAUGCAGGUGACGAGGAGGAAUCCACGUGUGUAGCAGGCGAGCGGGAGAAAGCAGCAGCCCUUAUGAUGGCUUGUCGGCAUCUUCCUCAACCAUUCUUGUCCGGCCCAUGCCAGCGGAAGAAGAUGCUGGUUGAAGCUGCAACGUCUUUGGAGAAGAUCGGAGACAAGCGAGCCCUGCAAGAGUGUCAGCAACUUCUGCUACAGCUUAACACGGCUGUUGAAUGACACUGGAUUGCUUUCAUUGCUUAAUUACAUGUAGUAUUAUUUUGCUUGCUGUAAUCAGUGUUCAUCUUGGCAUACCGUGAGACUUUUUGUAAGCGGCUGUAAGCCUCAGUCCUCUAGUGUAGUCAAAGCAUUAACGACUAGAAUUCAUGAAAAGGAGGGAGAGCUUGUGAUUCGCGUCGCGUCGUCCUUGAAUUCCAUCAUAGAGCGGUUUUUACCACAAGGCAAUCAGUUGUUGAGUUUCUGGCCCAAGAAAAAUGCUUUAUUUUUCCUUUAUGGUUAACUUAUUGUAAUCAGGAGCUCCGCUGUUAGGCUUGGCUAAGUCUACGUAUUAGAGCAUUUUUCACCUGAGUGUAGAAAGUAGUUCGGAUUUGUUUUGGUCUACACGAUUGGCU